AUGUCAUCUUUCAACGAACUCGACAUGGAUUUGGAAAAUGUUUCAUUAGCAUCUUUCAUUCCAAAUAUGCUGCCAUUGGAUGUUGAAAAGCAUGAUUUCGCAUAUUUGACACAACUUCAUUCUCCAAACAUAUUCGACGAAUAUAUAUCCAAUAUUGACCUCAAUGAUAUACCACUAAUUGAUUGGAAUUUCAUUGAUAUAGAUACUAAUGCAAACAAUUUAUCUUGCUUGAAUACACCAAUGCGUCUAUCCACACCGGAUAUUUUUCGAGAUAUAUUCGACGAUGAUCAUUCGGUAGCAGCUACUGCUGCUGCUGCUACUGCUGUUGCUGCUCCUAAUGCAUCAAUACCAUUGACAACGGAAUCUGAUCAACAUACCACCAUUCUUCAAUGUAUUGAAGCCGAUCGAAAUGCCAUGAAUAUCCUACAAAUUCAAGAUUUAUUGAAUAUCAUACAAAAAGAAAUCAACGACGACGAUGACGAAGAAGAAGAAGCAGUCAAUGGAAACAUAGAUAAUUGUAACACUUGUUUCAAUAAUGAUGAUCAUGAUGAUGAUGAUGAUGAUGAUAAUGAUAUAACAUUAAUAUCAUCUAACCAAACAUCAUCCAGUAUGGUAACCAGUGCACCCUAUCCACCCGUAUGUCGAAUUGGUCGAGUUUCAGAUCAUGAUCGACCUUACGUACAAUAUCAAAAUAUUGAUCGAGCAACCAUGGUCAAACUUUGUCGGUUUAAUAUUCAGCCGCCACCACCACCAUCAACACCAAUAUUAUUGAAUGGGCCUAGAAAAAGUUAUCGUUUAAGUCGUCGUGUAUUUGCUAUUGCCACUUAUACUAAACUUACUAAAGAGAGAUUGAUGAAAUUUUUAAAGAAAGAAUUUCCAAAAGAUAAUAUUCAAUAUUUAUGUGUGGCUCAAUCACAGAGUGAUCUCAAUCAGCAAAGUAUCUUAGAAAUACAAAUUGUUUUAAAAAAAAGGAUCAAUAAGAAGACUUUAUUUCUUGAUUCAAUUACAAAUUCGAAAUGUAAUUAUCAGGUAACUAAAAAUGAUGUCGCUUGGAAUGCCUAUAUAAAGAAGACACUGAAUUUUGUGGAAUUUAAUUAUUUCAAAUCGAGUACCCAACGAGCAUUUCGUACAUGGCCAUUGGAUCCCAUCGCUCAAUUACAAAUAGAAGUUCGUACGAAACGUGGGUUAGCCGACUUUGCAAGUCAACUAGCAGCGAAAGCCGUUGCAAGAGCAGAAGACAUGAAAGCAACAGCUGCUUUUGCCAUGCAAAUAGCAGAAGAAGCAGCUAAUAGAUUAGCUACACAACAAAAGGAGACAUCAUAUUCAUUACCAGUUAUGCCAAGAAAAUCAACACGUAAACCACGAAAAAAAAUAAUUACAUAG